CUGGGCUCUGAUUGUCUGAUGACAGACGAGGCGAACGCGCCCCCCCUCGGCCCAGCGGCGCACCCACUUACCACGCUUGCAAGGUUUACGAACCGUGCCUUGCUCUUGCACAGCAGCCUCAUAAACGAGUAUGAAAAAUAUUUCGAGCGGUGCUGUGCCCUGCAGCCGGCGCGGCCUAUGGCGGCAGGUGCGCGCACUACGGGCGCACGUCCCAUCCCCUCUUGGCUGCGCGCCGGCCGGCGGGCACUGCACCGGGAAUACCAGAUUAGCGUUGCGUUUCAAAGCAAAUUAAAUUAUAAAGGACAGGAGCGUCGCGCGGUGCGGCCGCCUCAAAAGAGAAGAGAGGCCACUUUACAUUCGGGCCGCAGUGUGGCCGCGCCGUGUACGACACCACUGCGCGCACCGAAGCGGGCGGAUGUGUUUGACUUUUAUAACUUCCACGGAAUCCAUCCACAUGAGCCCCCAAAACUACGACACUCAUAUGUGACAUACACGGCAAUAUGGGAAGGUUACCGGGCUCGGAGACCCCAUAUGAUAUUAUAUUGCAUACGUGCAGCUAAAGUUUUAUUCAAACACGGAAACACAUGACUUCGUUGUGAGGAUCAAUUAUGUUUGGUAAGGCUAAAUUCGAUAGCUGGAAUCGAAAAAUCGAUACCCACAACCACGAGUACGAAAAGAACGAACUCCAGCUUGGUUCUAUUUGUACAAGUGUUCGGUCGUGACAACCAACUCCUGCUUGUCAGGAUCGGAUUGUCGAUUCCAGCUUUCGAAUUUAGCCUACCAAAUAGAACUGAUCCCCACGAGAAAGUCUUUUUUUCGUUAAGAUCUGGAUUCUAUUUGUAAAGCGGAAUUUACCAUUUGCAUGUUGUCUUUGAAAACUAUUGAUUUUUUUUUCGAAAAGUUUGAUGUUUUUACUGGGUAAAUCUCUGGUAAUAGUGCCUCCAACAGAAGGUCUUAAAGCCCCUCAUAGGGUAAAGACAAGAGAACAAGCCUCAUAGCAUGCACGUCUCUGACAAAUGCACUUCAACACAUUCGCUACUGUGAAGGCUGGCUGUCAAAAAAUGUAUCAUGUCUCUCGGUCUGUCUCCAGGCCCCGAUUUCGCAGGCUUCCUUCUUCACCCCUUCCGCAAGCCUAAGAGGAUCCGGACCGCCUUCAGUCCCAACCAGCUGCUCAAGCUGGAGAAGGCCUUCGAGAACAAUCACUACGUGGUCGGCGCCGAGAGGAAGCAACUAGCCCAGAGCCUUGGGCUUUCGGAGACCCAGGUCAAGGUGUGGUUCCAAAACAGGAGGACCAAGCACAAACGGACAGAGCAGGAGGAAGAAGCCAAGAGGUCCUCGUCGAAGCGGCCCUCAGAGCAGCGGCCCGGCGGCGUGACCUCGGACAGCCCGGUCUCACCCAGCGUCACCCCGCCCCUGUCCCCCGAGUCCAUGGACGAGCACAUCGACCCGGACGACGACGGCCCGGACUAGUAGCCUGCGAACCGCCCCCGCUCAAGCACACCGUCAGGCACGUCACCGAGCAAGUGCAACGACUAUGACUAUGUGCAGUGAUAUUGUUUUCUUUUUGUUUUUGGACUUGGGUGUCGCCAAGCUAAUAGGCUGCUAUUUUUGCAGCAACAUUGUUACCAAACGUGUGCGAAGAGAUCCUCCCUGACGUGCAAGGGAUCUGUGAUAGUGCUACCGUGUGAAGAGCUCGGCUCUUCAACGAGCACUUUCUUUUUAUUUGUUUAGGAAAUGAAUCAACUACCGUCUUGCGUGCAUGUACCAGGCCACAUUUCUUGUUUUCUGAAACAGAGUUCCUCAGAGAGGUGGUAUAAAAGCCACUCGAUUGUUAAGACUGCCUUAAAUGCUACUUAUUUAUUGCCAUAGCAACAUUUUUACGUCCUUUCCUGUAAAACCAGUGGCUGUUGCCCUUCUCACGAAUAUAGAGGCAUAUGACAGAAAUAGAAGUUGGGUAUAUUUUGUGGCGGUAUUCGCCGUAUGGAAUAGAUAGUGACGGGCGCGGCCACUGCUCGAUCUCUCUGUAAUGUAAUACUUUGUCUCCAGUUGAAAUGCUUUUGCGUCAAUGUCCGUGCCGAACAAACCGUUUUGCGCGACUAUAUCAUAAAAAAGUGAGUGCAAUUUUGUUUUAUGUCACGCGUGUUUUAGUCAAUUUUACACAAGAGUGUAAUAACUGUAAGUAUAAAAUUAUGUACAAAUGUGAAUAAGUUAUAGGUUUUAUUUGCAUAAAGUUUAUCGAUACGAUAUAUUGAACGGUUCAAAUACAUUGUGCUAAUUACCAAA